AUGGACAUAUCGAUGCAAAACCCCAUUGAAACCACCACAAACCAUGAUGUGUAUGAUGGAAACGGCGUUGCUUUGACCUCUUCGUCCGCUUCCCCCAUCUUUCCCCAUCACAAAUUCCUCGUUUCUGUUGAAGUUUGCUUAAAACCCUCGAGCACAGCUCGCAAUGAAGACGUUCGGUUGGCUGUUGAAAGUGAGGAAGGACCAUGUGAGGAGCUAAGUGAGGAUGGCCAACUUUCUAGCUUUAAUGAGUGGAUUCUUCCAGCUAAGGAAUUUGAUGGCAUGUGGGAAAGCUUAAUUUAUGAACCUGGGCUGAAGCAAAGGCUGCUGCGAUACGCAGCCAGUGCAUUGCUCUUUACUGAAAAGCGUGUUGAUCCUUUUCUUGUCUCAUGGAAUCGGUAA